AUGAACCUAACUGCACUCAAAGCUUUCGUGGGCUUGCUCUGGAAUUGCUGGGUUCUGGUGGGUCACGCACAGGGAGGUUUAGGAGACAAUCAUGUCCAUUCGAGUUUUAUUUACAGGAGGCUGCGGAACCAUGAAAGAAGGGAGAUUCAGAGAGAGAUUCUCUCUAUCCUGGGUCUACCUCACAGACCCAGACCAUUUUCACCAGGAAAGCAGGCUUCUUCUGCACCCCUCUUCAUGCUGGACCUGUAUAAUGCCAUGACAAAUGAAGAGGAUACCGAGGAGCUGGAGUACUCACUGAAGGGAUCCAUGGCAGGGGAGAGCAGAGGGAUGCAGAAAGGAUACCCUGCCUCUCCAAAUGGAUAUUCGCGGAAAAUACAGUUGUCUCGCAUGACCACCCUGGCCACACAGAAUCCUCCCUUAGCCAGCCUGCACGACACCAACUUUCUGAAUGAUGCUGACAUGGGAAUUCCUGGAAUCCCUGGAAAUCAAGGAGCAAAAGGACAAAAGGGUGAAAUUGGACCACCAGGUCUGCCAGGAGCAAAAGGGUCACCAGGGGAAACUGGUUUGAUGGGACCAGAAGGCUCAUUUGGACUACCUGGAGCUCCUGGGCCUAAGGGUGAUAAAGGUGAACCUGGUCUACAGGGGAAACCAGGAUCAUCAGGAGCCAAGGGAGAACCAGGAGGACCAGGUGCCCCAGGUGAACCAGGCUAUCCAGGCAUUCCUGGUACCCAGGGUAUAAAGGGGGACAAAGGAAGCCAGGGUGAAAAUGGUAUCCAGGGACAAAAAGGAGAAAAAGGAAGACAAGGAAAUCCAGGCUUACAGGGAACAGAAGGAUUGAGGGGCGAACAAGGAGAGAAAGGUGAGAAGGGAGACCCAGGCAUUCGAGGCAUCAAUGGACAGAAGGGAGAAUCCGGUAUCCAGGGUCUGGUUGGACCUCCUGGUGUCAGAGGUCAGCCUGGAGACAGAGGGCCCCCAGGACCACCUGGAUCGGAUGGAAAACCUGCACGAGAAUUUUCAGAAGAAUUUAUUCGACAGGUCUGUUCGGAUGUACUGAGAACCCAGUUACCUGUGAUCCUUCAGAGUGGAAGGCUACAAAACUGCAACCACUGUCAGUCCCAAAGCACUUCCCCAGGACUUCCAGGACCACCAGGUCCAAGAGGCCCUGAAGGUCCAAGAGGGUUUCCUGGUUUGCCAGGGAAUGAUGGUGUUCCAGGUCUGACUGGCAUCCCAGGUCGCCCUGGGGCUCGUGGGACAAGAGGAUUGCCGGGGAAAAAUGGUGCGAAAGGCAAUCAAGGAAUUGGGGUUCCUGGGAUCCAAGGCCCACCAGGACCUCCAGGUCCUGAAGGUCCCCCAGGUAUGAGUAAGGAAGGACGCCCUGGAGAACGUGGGCAGCCUGGUAAAGAUGGAGAUCGUGGCAGUCCCGGAAUGCCAGGACCAGUUGGACCCCCUGGAAUCUGUGACCCAUCACUGUGUUUUAGUGUCAUUGUUGGAAGAGACCCAUUUAGAAAGGGACCAAAUUAUUAAUUUGUGAUUUAAUAAUCUAGAGGAAUAGGUAUGGUGCUUGUCUUUAAUGGUCUUUCAAGUCUCAGGAAGGUGACCAGCAAUAAUUCCAUAAACAAGAACAGAAGUACCUCUGACAUUAUUAACACUAUAAAUAAGGUUCCCAAAUGUUAUACAGUCCUUUAAGAAAGGAAAUCCAAUAUUUUUUUAAUAACUUGCAUCAAUUGAAGUGUUUUUGAAAGAAAUCAUCAAUUCUAAUAUAAAUAAAUAUAACUAUAAUAUUUGACAUUUAGUAUUUAAGUGUCCUGUCAUAUUCCUGCUGCCACUGAAGUCUUUUGCAGAAGUGCUGGAGACUCCACUGGCAGCAGGAUUGGCCUGAAAUGGUAUAGGUCAGGUGUAAACUACUGUGAAAUUUUUCACAUGCAGCUGACAUAUACAGUAUUUGAUUUUGAUAGAAUGUGUUUGGUUUUGAGUUCAUUUGUGUGUUAAUCUCAUUGGCUUGUGUACAUUUCAUAGCUCCAAGUGUUCUAUGAGCAAAAACUUAUAUUGGAUUUUUAUAAAUUAAGGGAAAUAUCUCUACUUGUUAUAGAAGUAGUAUCACCUAGUUUGCCACGCGGUUUCCUAUUUAAAACCAAGGUGAAAUGCAAGGUUAGACCUCCUACUGUUUCAAGAACAGCCAAGGUUUUAUUUAAGGUGGUACUUUUGGCUACAAAAGGUCAAAAAGGUCUUAUGUGGGUGAUUCAGCUUACAUGAAAAAAGUUGAAUGUUGGUAAUGUUGGCUUGUAGCUAUAAUUUGACAAAAAAUAAUUAAUAAAAAAGUUUACACAAGCCCAUUGUAACAGUUUUGCAUUAUGGAUUAAGUUAUGUAGCUAUCGCUGUUGCCAAAUUGAAGAAGUAGGUUUACAAGGAGAAAGGUCUAACUGCUGGCUAACUAACUGCAAUGUUUGUUGCAAUGUUUCCUUUUUCAUUUUAAGCAAGGUUUGUGUAAUUUUUCUUUGUAUGCUUUGCUGAUGAGGUGUAUUGCUUGCUUUCACAUAAACGGCAAAUGCACAGUUCCUUGAGAAUUUUAAAUCCUUUUCUUAAAUUAAGGCAGAGUCUUGUACUGAGCUUACCCAGUGCUUUAUAAGUGGCUUUUUCUAAUGUGUUGUUUUUCUGUUGUCCCACUAUGAGAUUGGUAAUAUGCUUGACAUUCAAGGGAAAAUAAAAUUUUGUAUAGAAACUUGUGGUGGUUUGAUGAGCAAUUGGA